UCUAAAAAGUCCUCAUUGCUUUGGAGUGCUCUCCCUAUUUAAACACCAACCAUUGCUUAUUAUUUUGGCUCUCAAGCACAAGUUCUCUCGCUCUCCCCUGUCUUUCAUCUCCCUGUUUUCUCAUUUUGAGAGAAAAAAUAAAAAAGGAAAAAAAUGAGUGGCAUUAGCUUCAGAAGCCUCACAUUUAUGCUCUUUAUUGCUUUUCUUGUGUGGUCUUCAAGUAUUGAAACUUGCAUUGCUAGAAGAGGCAAGCAUUGGAGACAGAGCAAGUAUGGUGCUGCAGCUUCACUAUCUAAGAAGAAAGGAAAAGGUCAUGGUCAUCACAGUUACCACAAUGGAGGAUCCAAGCCAAAAGCUCCUCCUCAUAAAAUUACUCCAUCACCUCCUUCAUCUCCUAAGCCGAAAGCUCCUCCACCUCCAAAGGAAAAAGCUGCUCCAUCACCUCCUCCAUCUCCUAAGCCCAAAGAAGAAGUCCCUUCAACUCCCCCGCCCCAGAAAGGUUACGGCCACGGGCAGCAGUCUAACAUCUUCGACGUGCUAGAUUUUGGCGCAAAGGGUGAUGGGAAAACUGAUGAUACCAAGGCAUUCCAAGCCGCAUGGGCAGCUGCAUGUAAGGUGGAGGUAUCAACGGUUGUCGUCCCAGCUGAAUUCCUGUUCCUUGUAGGACCCAUUUCAUUCUCUGGUCCAUACUGUCAAGCAAACAUUGUAUUUCAGCUGGAUGGUACAAUUAUUGCUCCGACCGACUCUCAACCCUGGGGCAAAGGUAUUUUACAAUGGCUUGAAUUCACAAAGCUGAAAGGUAUAACAAUUCAGGGAAAAGGUAUCAUUGAUGGAAGAGGCACAGGGUGGUGGCAAGAUGCCCCAUAUGAAGAUCCAUAUGAUGAUGAAAGAAAACUCAUAAUUCCAUUAAACAGCACAGUUCAAGAAAGGCCACCAAUGCCGGUCAGAAAUGAACUCAGUGGAAAAAUGCCGAGCAUCAAGCCAACUGCACUAAGGUUUUAUGGGAGUUUCAAUGUGACAGUCACGGGUAUAAAAAUUCAAAACAGUCCUCAAUGCCAUCUCAAGUUUGAUAAUUGCAUGGGAGUUGUGGUGCACGAUACAGCCAUCUCAUCUCCAGGGGACAGUCCUAACACAGACGGAAUCCACCUACAAAACUCCAAAGAUGUGCUAAUUCAUGGCAGUAAUCUAGCCUGCGGAGAUGACUGCGUUUCUAUACAAACAGGAUGCUCAAAUGUAUACAUUCACAAUGUGAACUGUGGACCAGGGCAUGGAAUCAGCAUUGGAAGCUUGGGAAAGGAUAAUACCAAAGCCUGCGUCUCAAACAUCACUGUCCGUGAUAUCAUUAUGCGUAACACGAUGAACGGUGUCAGAAUAAAGACAUGGCAGGGUGGAUCGGGCUCUGUUCAGGGGGUUCUGUUCUCAAACAUUCAAGUUUCUGAGGUCCAACUUCCAAUUGUGAUCGAUCAAUUCUAUUGUGACAAAAGGGCAUGUAACAAUGAAACAGCAGCAGUCGCUCUAUCAGGAAUCACCUAUGAAAAAAUAAGGGGGACAUACACAGUAAAACCUGUGCACUUAGCCUGUAGCGAUAGCCUUCCGUGUAUAGGUGUAACUUUAUCUGCCAUUGAGCUAAAGCCACUGCAGGAAAGCUACCACCUAUAUGAUCCAUUCUGUUGGCAAACAUUUGGAGAGUUGACCACCCCUACUGUCCCUCCAAUCCGUUGUUUACAGAUUGGCAAGCCAUCAAAUAACAGAGUCGAAUCUGAUCAUGAUGUGUGCUGA